AUGAGAAGAGACACAGUUGAAAUGUUGCCGCUGACUAUUGUCUCUCGGGGAGGCACGUUGCCCUUUCAGAUCAUCAACUUUAAUUUUGAAACUGUGCGGGUGACGUGGAACGCAAGCGAACACGCGGGGGAUAACUUGACUUUCUUCUACGGAUUCCGCAGCGAGGAACACAGCCAGUGCCGCAACUAUAUUCUUCAGGAAGGUCGCACGGUGGGGUGUCUCCUCGAGGCAGAAGGAGAUAAAAUCCUGUGGUUUUCCAUCAGGAACGGGACCCAAAGUCUUCUCUUGAAGAGUUUAUGGAUCAGUGACUAUCUGAAGCCCAACGCCCCGAAAGAUCUGAACUUCUCGUGGCAUCAGGAAGCGAUGACAGUGACAUGUUCCAAUCUGCCCUACAGGGGCCUCUUGUAUGAAGUUCAGCACAAAAGCGCUUUUGACACAACGUGGCAGUCUGACGUGAGAGACACGUGCAACAUUACGAUCAGCGGCCUGGAUGGUGACAAAUGUUACUUCUUCCGGGCCAGAGUGAUGACCACGGAGUCCAGCUAUGGCCCCGAAGCCCACCCCAGCGACUGGUCCGAGGUGACACACCGUCAGAAGGGUGAGCUGCGAGCUUCAUGCCAGGAGAAAACGCUUUUCUCAAGAUUCGUUUUCAUUUACUGCAUGGUGGCCUCGCUGACGCUGUUCCUUUUCGUCUUGUGCCUGUGGAAGAUAUGGAGGGUUAAGAAGCUGCUCAUGCCCAAUGUGCCUGACCCCAAAUUCACCUUCCCUGGGCUCUUCGAUUCCCACCACGGAAACUUCCAGGAAUGGAUUAAGGAUACGCAGAACGUCACCCACUUGAAUAAGACGGAGGACCGGGAGCAGGAAUGUGUCCUGGAAGAGGCCCUGGUCAUCCAGCUGCCCAAGACUGAGGCCGAGACUCCGGAGACGACGAUGACAAGCUCAUUGUGUCUGCAGACGGCGGAGAAAGAAGCAGCUGCUGGGGAACCCGGGCCGCUCCCUUGUCAGCCCCCCCAGGGAGGAGAGAUGCUCUGUCUCAAGGGCUUCAUGUUUGUGAUGAGUGACAACUCUUAUGUGACGCUAUGAGGGGCUGCAAACUAAAAACCAACUUUGGGUCUGUGCUGACAUUUACAGACUGAGGGGAACUUCUCAGAGACUCGACGCCCAUCCCCAUGUAGGGGAGACCCUGGAGCAAUGAUGCCAACAUCUCAGGGUCACCGAAGACCCCAAUCCUAUCUCCCGUUCAUUGCUUUUCCAGAGUCAGCUUUGACCCCACGGGAAUAAUUAUUCAAG